GGCGCGGGCCUGGGCGGGGCGGCGCCGAGUGCGCCUGCGCAGAGCCUCCGCCCGGGAGCGUUCUCUGUUUGGGUGUUGCUUCAGCUCCGGCGGGCGGGGUGCAUCUCUCUCACCCGCAAAACGCGCCCCGCGGGAGCCGGCAGUUUCCACUUACAACCUGUUUGGUGCUGCCCGCUGAGAUCAUGUCCAAGUCCCUGAAAAAGUUGGUAGAGGAGAGCCGGGAGAAGAACCAGCCGGAAGUGGACAUGAGUGACCGCGGCAUCUCCAACAUGCUGGACGUCCACGGCCUGUUCUCCUUAUCCCACAUCACACAACUGGUCCUCAGCCACAACAAGCUAACAACUGUGCCUGCAAACAUAGCAGAACUGAAGAAUCUGGAAGUGCUUAACUUCUUUAAUAACCAGAUUGAGGAGCUGCCCACGCAGAUCAGCAGCCUUCAGAAGCUGAAGCACCUGAACCUCGGCAUGAAUAGACUAAACACUUUGCCUCGAGGAUUUGGCUCUCUCCCAGCUCUUGAGGUCCUUGAUUUGACUUACAACAACUUAAAUGAAAAUUCCCUUCCUGGAAACUUCUUCUACCUGACCACCCUGCGUGCACUCUAUCUAAGUGACAACGAUUUUGAAAUCCUGCCGCCAGAUAUUGGGAAGCUCACAAAGUUGCAGAUACUCAGCCUUAGGGAUAACGACCUGAUCUCGCUGCCUAAGGAAAUCGGGGAGCUUACUCAGCUUAAGGAGCUCCACAUUCAGGGGAACCGCCUGACCGUUCUACCCCCAGAACUAGGAAACUUGGAUCUGACUGGUCAGAAGCAGGUAUUCAAAGCAGAGAACAAUCCUUGGGUUACCCCAAUUGCUGACCAGUUCCAGCUUGGCGUGUCCCACGUUUUUGAAUAUAUCCGUUCAGAGACGUAUAAGUAUCUCUACGGCAGACACAUGCAGGCAAAUCCAGAACCACCGAAGAAAAAUAAUGACAAAUCGAAAAAGAUCAGCCGGAAACCCCUGACAGCCAAGAAUAAGUAAAGGGUUCGCAUGACCUGGACUUCUGGUCUCUUUUUUCAUUAUUGCUUCUGUUCUCUCUUGCUCUGUCCCACAAACAAAUACAGUUAACCCCUGAACAACACUGGUUUGAACUGAACGGGUCCACUUAUUCAUGGAAUUUCUUCCAUAAAUACUGUAAAUGUAUUUUUUCUUCCUUAUGAUUUUUCUUAAUGAGACUUUUCCUCUAACUUUAUUAUAACAAUACAGUAUGUAAUACAUAUAACAUAUAGAAUAUGUGUUAAACUGUUUAUGUGAUUGGUAAGGCUUCUGGUCAAAAGUAGGCUAUUAGUAUUAAAUUUGGGGGGAGUCAAAAGUUAUAUGUGGCCCUAGCCCCGUGGCCGGCAAACUGCGGCUCACGAGCCACAUGCGGCUCUUUGGCCCCUUAAGUGUGGCUCUUCCUAAGCCUUAGGAGUACCCUAAUUAAGUUAAUAACAAUGUACCUACCUAUAUAGUUUAAGUUUAAAAAAUUUGGCUCUCAAAAGAAAUUUCAAUCGUUGUACUGUUGAUAUUUGGCUCUGUUGACUAAUGAGUUUGCCGACCACUGCCCUAGCCGAUUUGGCUCAGUGGAUAGAGCGUCAGCCUGCAGACUGAAGGGCCCUGGGUUCGAUUCCAGCCAAGGGGACAUACCUCUGUUGCAGCUCGAUCCCCAGCCCUGGUUGGGGUGUGUGCGAGAGAGUCAGUAUAUCUCUCUCACAUCGAUGUUUCUCUCUCUGUGUCUCUCCCCUUCCCUUCCACUCGCUAUUAAAAUCAAUGGAAAAAUAGCUGCAGGCGAGGAUUAACAACAGAAGUUAUAUGUGGAUUUUCAGCUGCAUGGGGGUUGCGAGGGGUUGGCACUUUUCUUCCUAGUGUUUACCACCUUACCUUUUAAUUUCUUUUGGUAGGUGGUAGAUUUUUAUAAGUUCUUAAAACCAUUUCCAUUUGUUUCCUUAAAAUUACCAAAGGCAGGAAACAAAGCUCUAAUUCAACUGCAAAUUUCAUAGUAGGCACAGGUUUCAGUUCCUUGAAAAGAUGUUCACAAAGCUGCUUGUUAUCCAAAGAAUAAUUAAAUCAUGUAACAUUUAAUGUCACAGUUAACACUGUUCACUCUUCUGUUUUUUCACAUAACUCAUUCUUUUGCGUUAUUAAAAAUGUCCCCGCACCACUGAGAUAUUAUGUUAACUUAACUUACAAAUGAUUUUAAUAAAAUCUUGAAUUUGUA